AUGGUCAAUAUUAUAACGCCUCCCAUAACGAAAAAAAAUAAAAAAUCAACUAAUACUAGCAAUUCAGGUUCUGCGGUCAGUACUAGAGAUUUAACAAAUGAGGAUGAUGCAUAUGAUGCCAUUUUUAGUGGUGAUUUUGGCUCUUUAAAUAUUGGCUCCUUUAUUGGUAAUGCUGACCCAGAUGACGGAAGCUAUGACGCUACUGAACAUUUACCUGACGCUAUAGAUUUUGAAGAUGAAGAUGAAUUAGCAGAUGAUGAAGAUGACAUACAGAAUAACAAUAACAACAACAACAAUAAUAAUAGCAUUAUUUUUAUGAAUAAUAAUGAAAAUGAUCAAAUUUCUGUUUCUCAGCAUAUAUUUGGUGUUUCUAAUGAAUUAAUAUUGGACCAUCAUCAAUCUAAUACUAUGGAUGAUAUUGGUUUUCCUGGUACUAAUACUUUCGAUCAUUUAGAUAUUAACAAUCCUAAUAUGAACAUGAAUAUCGGUAUAAGCACUGAUGAUAUCAGUAAUACUAAUACUAAUAAUAAUAAUAAUAACGAUAAUAAUAGCAAUAUUAAUCCUAAUCUUAAUCUUAAUCAUGAUAACGAUAAUAAUAAUAAUAAUGCUUUGUUUAUGAUUGAUAAUAAUAUAAGUACUAAUGAUAACGAAAAUGAUAAUAGUCAUACUAAUGAGGAUAUUAAUGUUAAUAAUAAUAGAAAUAGUAAUAAUAACCUUGAUCUAAAUGGUUCGGAAUCGUUAUCUGUUACUCAUAUAAAUAAUAUGGAUUUGGAUUUAACAAAUGGUUAUCCCAAGAUUAUAUCCUUUAACAAUGACAAUAACAGUAACAACAAUGACAAUAGUAAAAUAAACCAAAAUAAACUUAAUGAUGCGCACUCAUAUAAUUUAUUUGAUUUGAUGAUACAGCAUAAUAAUAACAAUAAUAACAUAAAUAUCCAAGAUUCUAAGAUACGAAAUCCAUCAAAUGACGAGGAUAUGAAAAAAUUUAAAGAACGUAGAGAUAGUCUCUUAUUACAGUAUUACUUCCCCACUUAUAAAAAGGGUAAAGUACUGAAAUGGAAUAGUUGUAUCUAUCGUAGAAGGAACAAUUAUCAAUAUCAAUCAAAAUUAUUGGUGUCAUUACUGUGUCCAAAUGGUAACAUGGAUGAAGUUAAAUCCUUCUGCCCAACUAAUUUGAAAUUUAAAGUUCAGCAAGAUCAAAAAAGAUUAUUUAAUAAUAUGGACUAUUCUACUUUAUUCAAUGAAUCCAAAAGAAAACUAAAAAAUUAUGGGAUCAAGUGCGUUCCAGUUUCGCAAAGAUUCUCAGACCCACUUGUAGAGACUGAAAUGAAUUCAAAGGAUGGGGAGGCAGGAACAAAAAAUAACGAGAUAGUUGAUAAUCAGUUGAACACAUCCGAUGACCUUUUAAUUGCCAUUCAAAAAUGGGACGAAAAUAAAAUUAUUCAUUUUGAUAGUGAUAAUAAUAGUAAUAAGGAGAAUAGUGUUAACACCAAUAAAUUAGUGUCUCCAUUUGAUUAUAAUGAAGAUUGGAACGAAGAUGACUUAAUUGACGCCAAACUAUCAAUGGCAAAAUUCGCAGAACUAAAUAUGAAUGAUAGCAAAUUAUUGUUGGUCCUUAAUAAAGAAAAUGAUUUAAAGAAAAGGGAACAAGAAUCCAAAUUAUCUAACCUAGCAACAAAAGAAUCUUUGCUUUUACAAAGAUUCAAUAUCUCCAACGAUCACACUUAUUCCAUCCUGAAACAUACUCAUAAGCCAAAAGUCCGUGCUACAAUAUCUAAUCUAAACAUAGAACAUUCACAACCUGCAAUUAACCUACAAUCACCCUUCUAUAAAGUUAAUUUGCCAAGAACACAAUUAAGAUUUUUUCAUAGACCUAAGUUCAGUCCACAUGUACGUAUUGGUUCCACUAUCACCUUUAGUAAAUUGAAAACAAGAAAAAGAAAGAAGGAUAAAGGUAAAAGCGUUCGUGAAUCAUUUGCCACAACUCAAGAUCUUACUGUUGGUGAUUCGGCUGCAAUAUAUUUAAUGGAAUAUUCUGAGCAGACGCCCCUGGCACUAUCUAAAUAUGGUAUGGCAAAUAAACUGAUCAACUAUUAUAGAAAGACGUCAGAAGAUGACACCUUGCGUCCUAAAUUAUCUGUUGGGGAGACACAUGUUCUUGGUGUACAAGAUAAAUCUCCGUUUUGGAAUUUUGGAUUUGUUGAACCUGGUCAUAUUGUGCCAACUUUAUAUAAUAAUAUGAUUCGUGCACCUGUUUUUAAACAUGAAGUAUCUGAUACAGAUUUUUUGAUGGUCAGAAGUGUCGGACAUGGUAUUAAUAGAUUUUAUUUAAGAAAUAUUAACCAUCUUUUUACUGUAGGUCAAACUUUUCCAGUGGUAGAAAUUCCAGGACCAAACUCCAGAAGAGUUACUUCUUUAAAAUCAAUCAGAUUAAGAAUGAUCGUUUAUAGAAUUCUAAAUAAGGUUCCUGAAAGAGCAAUAUCAAUUGAACCCAUCGCUAAACAUUUUCCAGAUCAAGAUUAUGGUCAAAAUAGGCAAAAGAUUAAAGAAUUUAUGAAAUAUCAAAGAGAAGGGCCAGAUAAAGGGUUAUGGAAAUUGAAAGAAGGAGAACCCUUCCUAGAUAAAGACAAUACAAAAAAAUUAUUGAGCCCUGAACAGAUUGCUGAAGUAGAAGCAAUGAGUCAAGGUUUACAAUUCAUGGAAGAUAAUGAGAAUUUUAAUUUUGAUGAUAAAUUGGUUAAAUUAGAAGAAAAAUUGUUACCUUGGAAUAUAUCUAGAAAUUUUGUUAACGCUACACAGAUGAGAGCGAUGGUUCAAAUUCAUGGUGUUGGUGACCCUACUGGCUGUGGUGAAGGUUUUUCAUUUUUAAAGACUUCUAUGAAAGGUGGUUUUAUUAAAUCUAAUAAUGAAUCUAGUAAUAACGAUUUGAUAAAGGGCAAAAAUGGUGCUCAUACUUACAAUAUUGUUCAACAGCAAAAGGCAUAUGACGAUGAAAUCAUUCGUACAUGGUAUACACACGCUAAAAGUUUAAGUAUUGUCAAUCCAUUUGAAGAACUGGAUGACCCAGAUUCAGUUAAUCCCACCAACAGACACGUGUUGACUCAUCGUGAUGAUAAUAAGAUACUUAGAAUUGUCAGAAAAAGACGUGAUGAGAAUGGUAUUAUUCAAAGAGAUACCAUAAUAAUUAGAGAUCCCCGUGUUAUUAAGGGCUAUUUAAAGGGUAAAGAACUAAGAAAGAAAUCAGUUGAUGUUGCUACUCUAUUGAAUAUGGAUGAAUCUAAGAUUGAUAACCUUGAUGAAAUAGAAUUCCAAAAGAAAGUGCUACAAAAUGAAUUAGCAUCUUUAGAAAAAUCACAACAAAGAAGAGCUGCUAGGGGAAAUAAGAAACGUUUUAAUGUUACUGCAGUUAAUAAUGCUACUUCUAAUACUACUAAUACUAAUAGUACUGGUAGUAAUAAUACAACUAAUAAUGUCAACUCUCUUGCCGGUAGUAGUGAAGGUAAAGGUCAUGGUAAGAACACAACAAGGCGCUGUGCUACUUGUGGACAGAUUGGACAUAUUAGAACAAACAAAUCAUGUCCAAUGUAUAAUGGUGGAAUAACUAGUAAUAGCAGCACUCCAGCGCCAAAUGUAAGUGACCAGUAG